AUGGCAGGCGUCAGCGAGGAUAUGGACCACCGUGGGACGGGAGGCAGGGUCAAUACUGGGCGGGAAGCGGGUUUACCAGACCUAGCCGGCGAAUGGACUCCAAUAAGUUCCAGUAUCGAAACCUUUUCGAGGACAGGUUCAGCUGAUGGUGGGUUGUGUCUUGGAAAGGUUUGGGCAUCAGAUUCGCCAUUCCCCAACGACCCCAAAUCCUGCUACUUUGACGAGAUCCCUGUUCUGAUCGCCGAUUGGGUCGAGCCGGUCUCCACCAUGAUUCCAGGCUUUCUGGAAGAAAACGCCAGGCUACAGCCCGCUAAGCCCACGGACCAGGAGAGCACUGGACAUAGCCCGUUCCUGGCAUGCACAUCAUUUUCAACACAACGUCCCGGGCCCUUUGUGCACAAGGAUAAGCUCCCCGAGAGCUGCAGGGUGUUUUUCAAUAAAGCGUUGAUAUGGCGAGGGAAUGUUCCCUUGCUUUCAUUAUGGAGCGGUAGUUUGUGCUUUGUACGAGUCAUAUUUCCUUUUGUGGUCGUCCCGACAUUCUGGGCUUGGUCUUGA